GUGAAGAGAAUGAGUGGGAGUGCAUAUUCUGUUUGGGAGUAACUCAAUUGAGAAUGCCAUGCCUGCUGAGGAAGACAUUGGAUGGUCAUUAAAGCUACUUGAGGCCUGGGUGCUCCCUUCUUUGAGAAUUUUUCCUCCUCUAUGUUGACUGUCACUCCCUGCCCUUUCCCUUUCCCCUCUUCCCGUUCCCCCACAACUCCUGAAUGCUGGACCUCCCUAUUUUGCCUUCUACUGACAUGACUGACAACUGGCUGAACAUGCAAUCAGAGGAAGAGAAAGGCCAGGAGAGCAGCAUGGCAGACUCGGGCAACUUGGACGACAGCUUGACCAGCUUACAGUGGCUUCAAGAGUUCUCCAUCAUCAAUGCCAACAUGGGCAAGUCCUCCUCCUCCCCGUGCAGCACUGAUCCCCAUGGGUAUCACAAAAUUCCUGGAUCGGCUGCGCCAUGUUCUCCCUUGGCUGGUGAUCCAGCUUGCAUGGGGAUGCCCCAUACUCCGGGCAAACCCAUCUCCUCCUCCACAUCCAGGACUGCACAUCUACAAGGCCAGCCGUUGGAAGACAUCGAUUACAAGACGAAUCCCCACGUGAAGCCUCCUUAUUCCUAUGCCACACUCAUCUGCAUGGCAAUGGAAACCAGCAAGAAAACUAAAAUCACCCUCUCAGACAUCUAUAAGUGGAUUACAGAUAAUUUCUGCUACUUCCGGCAUGCUGACCCCACAUGGCAGAACUCCAUUAGACACAACCUGUCCUUGAAUAAGUGCUUCAUCAAGGUGCCUCGAGAGAAGGAUGAACCUGGAAAAGGUGGCUUCUGGAAAAUUGAUCCUCAGUACGCAGACAGACUGAUGAACGGGGCAUUCAAGAAGCGCAGGAUGCCCCCUGUGCAGAUCCAUCCAGCCUUUAGCGGCAAAGUCCAACAAGAUGCCAGUUCCAGUUCUGCUAACCAAGCAGCGACUUCAUGGAAAAACAGCAUUCUGAAAAUCAAUAUGGAGUCUCAACAGCUGCUCAAAGAGUUUGAAGAAGUCACCAACGAUCAGAACUGGAACCUUGUGGAUGGGAAAAUGAGCCAUAAACGCAAACAGCCGCUACCCAAACGGAUGUAUAAGACAGCCCGCCUCUCCAGUUCCCCCAUACUUACUCAGGAAGAACAGACAGAGCUUGGGUCUCUGAAAGGUGACUUUGACUGGGAGGCUAUCUUUGAUACCACCUUAAAUGAUGAUUUCUCCACCUUUGAGGAUCUGGAGAUUACCCCUCCUAUUAGCCCAAUAACCAGGGAUGUAGACCUGACCGUGCGAGGAAGGCAUAUUGACUGUCCACAGGAAUGGUGCCCAGUUGGACAAGAUUAUGUCCUAACAGAAUCCAACCAGAACAGUUUGGACUUUGAUGAAACCUUAAUUGCCACUUCUUUCCUUCAGCACCCCUGGGAUGAAGGGACUAAUGAUUACCUCUCGAGUUCCGUCAACAUGGAUCCUCUGUUUGAACUCAGCGACCCUUCUUUGCAGACAGAAAUGAAUGACUGGAACAAUGCCGGGUGUCUUUAAUAAGAGACUGAUCCCUGGUUAGAAGGCUGAAGAUCACCCCAGAUCAGCCUGCUAUAUGAACAAGAUAUUCCCAGAGCUGCAGGACUUUACAGACUGAAGAAUCCUCUGGCAUAUGAGACAUCUUUAUUAUUUGGGGCCAGAAGCGUCAGAUGUAUCUGAAAGCAACACAUAUGGGGAAACUCUGUGUCCCAUGAGACAAACAAAUACAGUACUUAUUUUUGUGUUCUUUUGAAGAAAUAUGGACUUUUUACUUUAGGGCAGAGGGAAUAGAAAAGAGCAUAUCUUCUUUGUAGAAGAAGGGAGGAGGAUGUUUGAGUAAGAUGGAAGAGCUGGCCUUUUCUGGUAACUAAGAAUGUUUUAGAUCACCUGCAAUUUCCUCUUCCUUCUUACGCCUGCUUAAUCUUUCCAUCUCCCUCCCUUUUUUUGUGUGAGUGUGUCUGUAUUUCUACCCAGGGAAAACUUCUAGAUAAAACAUGUGGCAGUUAAGUAGCAGGCAAAUACAAUUUCCACCUGUAUCCUAGGAGUCUUAGAACUAGUUUAGUAGUUGAAAUCUGUAGACUCUGAUAUGAAUCAACUAGUCAAGCUCUUUAUGGGCUUUUAAAAGUAGAGCCUAUUAUAUAUCUGUAUCUAUUAAGAAACAUAUUUUUAGCUACAGGGCAAAAUCAGUAGAGUAUUGGAGGGAUGAGGAUUGUUUGUAAUAAUGUUAAUGAAGAUUGAAGCAUAUCAGCUGUUUGUUAUACAGAGGAAAAUGUAAUGAAAGAUGCAAGGUGGAAUUUGGACAGCAAAGGAUUAAAAAAAAGCACUAUACAAUGGAACCUGAUGUUCACCAGGUGAUCCUUUUGACUUAUUUUUGUAUUUCAUAUUCUUGACCAUUUUGCAAUCUUGACUGAAUGUGUAUGCUGUGAAGCUUAGACACGAUGCACUGCAGGCUAUUCUCUAACAUUCUGGACCACUAACAAAAGCAAUCUACCCUUUUCUAACUGGAAGUUAUGAAGGAAUUUUGCGAUCGUAUGACAGAAUCUGACAAAUCAGCCAACAGCUUAACUGAUCGAUAACGAAUGGCUACGUUUUCUUCUCCUUUGGUGAGGCGGCUAUGGAAACUGCUAAAACAUUUCUCUGCUUUAGUUAAUGCCUUGUAGAGUAUUAGCCCCCAGCCAGAGUGAUAAUUUAGUGUUGGCUUUGAAAUGUUGCUGUUUUUCAGUGGCUCUUGACUUAGGGACAGUUAUAGAACACAGAACUUGUAUGCAGGGGAAACUGCAAACAACUGAAGAAUCUUCAGCUUCAUUCUGCCUUAUUAUUCUUAUAUCCUAGAGUUGAGGUUGCCACCCUAAUAAAUAUUUUUAGCCCAGAGUGAAUGUUAGUCAAUAGUCAUCUUAAAAUUUGCAUGCAUUCAAAUAAAUUAAAAUAUUUACAUAGCCA